GUCCCAUCGUUGGCCAAUUGAACGACCAAUUCAUCACGCGUGGGGUAGGUACAUACAGUAAAUUCAUGUAAAGCACCAUGACCUGCAGUAGAGAAAAAUCCACAUCUCUGAGUCAAAUCCACUAAUACACAACGACAAUUCUUUGGCGACUUUGAUAAGAAAGUUUCAAGAUCAGCACAGAAUACUUCCCCUCACUGCACUUCACUCCAGUCCAGUUCAACAUUACCACAGAAAGAAAAAAAAAGACAAACGAUCCCAUCUCCAACCAUGGAAUCCUCCAAACCAGAAAUCUCCCCGCCUCCGUCUCUCCCCCACCUCUUCACAUACCCCUCUUCCACCCCACCCUCGCUCAUCACCCAAGGUGCCGAAGCUCUCCUCUACAAAUCCACAUACUUACUGCCGUCUCUGCCCUGCGCACUAAAAUGGCGGCCGUCGAAACCAUACCGACAUCCGAUUCUUGAUCAGCGGUUGACGAAGGCGAGGAUAUUGGCAGAAGCGAGGGUGCUGGUUAAGUGUAGGAGGGAGGGUGUUGUUGUGCCGGCUGUAUAUGCGGUGGAUGAGGGAAGGGGGUGUAUAAUGGUCGAGUGGAUUGAGGGGGAGGUGGUGAGGAUCAGAUUGAAUGAGUGGUUGGAACGGAGGAAGCAGAAGGGAGGGAGCAAGGAGGUUACUGGAGAGGAAGAGGGGAGUGAGGACGCGGUAGACCUCAUGAGGAGGAUUGGACGGGCGGUAGGGAGGAUGCAUGGGGUUGGGGUUGUGCAUGGAGAUUUGACGACGAGUAAUUUGAUGUUACGGCCGAUACAAGCUGAGGGAGAGGAGGGGAUAAACAAUGGGAAGGAAUUGGAAGGGGAAAUUGUUAUAAUUGAUUUUGGGUUGGCGAGCCAGAGUACGGCAGAUGAGGAUCGAGCGGUCGACUUAUAUGUGUUAGAGAGAGCAUUUGGAAGCACACAUCCAAGGGCAGAGGGGCUGUUCAGGGAGGUUUUGAAUGCGUAUGGAACAAGCUACAAAGGAGCGCAAGUGGUUUUGAAGAAGUUGGAGGAUGUGAGAAUGAGAGGUAGAAAAAGGAGUAUGUUAGGUUGAAAAUUUACAAUUUACUUUUGAUUCUAUAAUAUAUCCAAUGUUUGUA